GGCGGCCGUAGACCGAAAAGAUAGCGCGAGUUGCGGCCACAGAGCUGCUCGAGGGGAAUGAGCAAAGACCGGCCUCGAAGAAUCGCCUCAGAGCCCUAAACCCACCCGACCCCUUGUUGUGUCUCUCGCGUCGUCGGAGGAGAUCGAUGGCGACAUCCAUGAUGCUUCGAGCUUUGAGGCGGCGCGAUCUAUCGCCGACAUCUCUGUCCUCUCGCCUUAGAUGCUUAUCUGGCAAUGCAAGCGUGCCCUGGUGUCCUUCUCCUCUGGGUCAUAAAUGGGCUAAUUUGGUUAGAUUGUUCAGCACAAAACCAGCAGGAAAUGAUAUAAUUGGAAUUGAUUUGGGAACAACAAAUUCAUGUGUCGCAGUUAUGGAGGGAAAGAAUGCUAAAGUCAUAGAAAACUCUGAAGGAGCUCGUACCACACCAUCAGUUGUAGCUUUUAAUCAGAAGGGAGAACUACUUGUUGGAACUCCAGCAAAACGUCAGGCAGUUACCAAUCCUACAAACACCCUUUUUGGAACCAAGCGACUGAUAGGACGCCGCUUUGAUGAUCCUCAAACACAGAAAGAGAUGAAGAUGGUCCCCUUCAAGAUUGUGAGGGCACCCAAUGGGGAUGCAUGGGUUGAAGCAAAUGGUCAGCAGUAUUCUCCCAGCCAGAUUGGUGCAUUUGUUUUGACAAAGAUGAAAGAAACCGCUGAAUCUUAUCUUGGGAAGUCAGUUUCAAAGGCUGUUAUCACUGUUCCUGCAUAUUUUAAUGAUGCCCAACGUCAGGCUACAAAGGAUGCAGGGAGGAUUGCUGGUCUUGAUGUACAAAGAAUUAUCAAUGAACCAACUGCUGCUGCGCUUGCCUAUGGGUUGAACAACAAGGAGGGCCUCAUUGCAGUUUUUGAUCUUGGAGGUGGAACAUUUGAUGUUUCAAUCUUGGAAAUAUCAAAUGGUGUAUUUGAGGUUAAAUCAACAAAUGGCGACACCUUCUUGGGUGGAGAAGAUUUUGACAAUGCAUUGGUAGAAUUCUUGGUUGAUGAAUUUAAGAGAACCGAGGCAAUAGACCUUUCAAAGGAUAAGCUGGCUCUACAGAGGCUCCGGGAAGCGGCUGAGAAGGCUAAGAUUGAACUCUCAUCGACAUCCCAGACUGAGAUCAAUCUUCCAUUCAUAACAGCUGAUGCUUCCGGAGCAAAGCAUAUGAACAUAACACUCACAAGAUCAAAGUUUGAGACUUUGGUGAAUCAUUUAAUAGAAAGAACCAAAAAUCCCUGUAGAAGCUGUUUGAAGGAUGCUGGCAUAAGCAGCAAGGAUGUUGAUGAGGUUCUUCUUGUUGGUGGAAUGACUAGGGUUCCGAAAGUCCAGGAAAUAGUUUCAGAAAUCUUUGGAAAGAGCCCUAGCAAGGGAGUGAAUCCAGAUGAAGCUGUUGCAAUGGGAGCUGCCAUUCAGGGUGGUAUACUUCGUGGAGAUGUUAAAGAGCUCCUUUUAUUAGACGUAACUCCCUUGUCACUAGGUAUUGAGACCCUUGGUGGUAUUUUUACGAGACUGAUCAACAGGAAUACAACCAUUCCCACGAAGAAGAGUCAGGUAUUCUCCACUGCAGCUGAUAACCAGACCCAGGUUGGUGUUCGUGUGCUGCAAGGUGAGCGUGAAAUGGCUACCGACAACAAGCUCCUAGGCGAGUUUGAGCUUGUUGGCAUCCCACCAGCUCCAAGAGGCAUGCCGCAGAUUGAGGUUACCUUUGAUAUUGAUGCCAACGGAAUUGUGACAGUCUCAGCUAAAGACAAGGCUACUGGAAAAGAACAGCAGAUCACUAUUCGCUCAUCUGGUGGCCUCUCCGAGGAAGAGAUUGAGAAGAUGGUCAAGGAGGCUGAGCUGCAUGCUCAAAAGGACCAGGAGAGGAAAGCCCUGAUCGAUAUCAAGAACAGUGCUGACACGACAAUCUACAGUAUCGAGAAGAGCUUAAGCGAGUAUAGGGAUAAGAUUCCGGCUGAGGUGGUCACCGAGAUCGAGACUGCAGUAGCUGAUCUUCGCAAAGAGAUGGCCGGAGACAGUGUUGAUAAUAUCAAGGCCAAGCUUGACGCAGCGAACAAAGCGGUCUCAAAGAUCGGGCAACACAUGGCAGGAGGCUCAGGUGGGUCAUCCUCUGGUGGCUCUCAAGGUGGUGGUCAGGCUUCCGAAGCAGAAUAUGAAGAGGUCAAGAAGUAGAAUAUCCGAGAGAUGACUAUCGACCAACCUAACUCUAUUUCAUAUGGAAGUUGAUGUCGUACUGUAACUUUUGUCCAGGGCAUGAGCAGAUUUUGCUGUACUAGUUCUUCAUGUGAAAUAAGAAACAGUCGGAUUCUAGAUGUUAGGAGUGCCACUGGAUCAUAAACUCGGUGAAUCAAUCGUGACAAUAUCUGUUAUCAUUCGACAAUCUGUAAUCAUUCCUGGUGCUUCGUGUGGAGAGCAAAUGCAGAAUUUGCUGGAUUUGACUAGUCAACAAAUAUGGGAAAUGUUUUUAUGGA